AUGUGCUUACUUACUGCUACCGCAUGGAACCUCCCAAACCUCUACUGCUGUUUAAAGUACUUUAAAAGGUGUGCGCUUGAGGACUUCAGGAAGAUUUCAGUGCUUGACAGCGCCGGGGAACACGAGCGCCCCUGGACAUUACCGUCGGGUCUCCUGUGGGCUGGGCGGGAGUGGGGUGAAGGGGCGGCGGCGGCGCUCGCGAAGGCCGCGACUGUUGCCGGCAGUCCCCUAGUCCUGCCCGCACGCCCACCACGCGCCGGGGAGGGGUGUUCCGGGGCGGGCGAAGGGCGGGAAGCGGGGCGGGUUAUCGAGGGGGGAAAAGCAGCGGCUGUGAGCGCAGACAGAGCUCGCAUCCCGUGCUGCUGCCGGCAGGGGUCUCCUCGUCCGCUUCUGGCCAUGGGGCUGCAGCCCCGGCGCGCCGCGGGGCCCUGUCCGCCGGCGGGGAGAUGCGCUGCCCUGCCCGGGGCGCGCACGGCGGCCGCCUGGGCCCGCAGCGAGGAGCCGGAGCGAGCUCCUGGCCGCACCACGUCCCUGCCGCCCAUCCUACCGGCCCCUACUGCUUCUCCUGUCGCUGCUCGGGCACAGCCCAAGAAGCCUCCGCAGGCGGCAACCCCCAAAAAGGCAGCUCCCCGGCCCGUGGAGGAUAAAGCGGAGAGGAAAGCGCGGGGGGCGCCCCCGGAUCGGGCGGGACCCCUCUCCAGCUCCUGGCCCUGUUCCUCUCUACAGCGGCAGCCGCCGCCGCGAAGGCCACCGGCCGAUCGGGCAGCACGGCCACAGCCCGCCACGCCGCAACCGCGGGGCCGCCCGGGGGCGCCGGGAGCGAGCAGCCGCUCCUGUGAGAGCGUCGGCGGAGCGCAGGGGGAGGCUGCCCUCCGCUUCUCGCUGAGCUUGCCGCCGGAGGCCGUCCGUCUUUUGCAGCGCCGCAGCCAGGAGCGUCAGCGUGGGCAGCCAGCCCCGUCCCCCGGCGGCAGAGCGGCCCCGGCUCGGCGCGGUGCCCGGGCCGGCGGCGGCGACUUGCGCGCUCUGCUGAAGAUUUCGCUGCUUAACGACAGGCACCGCUACGACGAUGAGGAAUAUGAGGAAGAAGAGGCGGCGGCGGGAGCCGCAGUGGAUGAGGGACUGGUGCGGAAGUGUACGGAGUGGCUGCGCGGCGUGGAGACGGCGGCCAGCCGCGACCGCUCCGACAGGCUGGACACUUUGCCGCACCUGGGCACCCUCUGAGCCCCGCCGCGGGACUGGGGCUGGGGGAACGGCCGGCGUCCGGGCCCGUGGAGAAGGCGGUGUAGCCAUCCACUGUCCGUAGCUGUUGUGUCCUUUGUAGUGUCUCUGCGCCGGGGGAGACCCGGCGGGUGACGGUAGGGGCUGGGUGGUGGGGACCACGGUCCUGAGCGGGUCUGCCGUGCGGCAGCGCGGCUGAGACGAGAGACAAAGGAGAGGCGUCGGCCUCCGCCUGCCAGUGUCCGGGUGCUGGGAGCGAGAGAAGACGUUGUGGGCGACCUGUCUCUCCCCUCGUAUUUUUUAGACUUCUGACUACUUUAUAAGAUGUGCGUCAUGAUUUUUUAUAUUUGUACAUAAAAGUUCAUUUUUAUUUAUUUGAAUAAAUUACUCGAGUUCUGUGUUACAGUAGCCUUAGCGCCUUACUAGCUUCGCGUCGGGCUCUUCCUCAUGCGGCUGCGACCGUGUUUGGAUGGCUGCCAGACGCUGUCGGCUGGUGGCUGUACGGAGAGCGUCUCCAUUUCAAACGCUUGUUUAGGAUGGUUGCUGAUCACUGACAGCUCCGCUGCAAAGAAAACGCUCAGGCGUCGGAUGCCUCUUCGAGCAAACGGAGCGCCGGGGCUCCAGCGAGACGGGCGGCCCGGUGCGGCACCGGCAGGCAGGAUAACGAGCAGAGGGUGGGGAUCUCCCCCAUUCCCAGUGGAUCCCUGCGGGGGGAGAUGGAGGCAAUGCCGGCCCAGAGCCGUGUCGGUUUGGUGACGGGGAGUAGCCCUCCUGGGGAGAAUCCCAAAGAACAGGAGGAUGGAGGAAGCAGUGUGGUCAGAGGCUGCUCU